AUGUCAUUCGCUAGAACUUUGAAUAAAAGAUCGGUUUAUUUAUUUGGUGCCGUUGCUGGUGCAGCUGCAGCUGCCUCCAUGGCAUCUCAAUCUGAAUUUUCUAAAUUCAGUUACAAUAACAGCAAUAACAACAACAACAACAACCGUCAUAACAACUUUAGUAGAUUCACUAAGGCUGGUUUAUUCGGUAUUGGUGCUGCUUCUGCUUCCCAUCCAAAUGUCGCUAAUCCUGAUAAGACUAAGACUAUCGAAGAUUAUCAAAAAAUUUACAAUGUCAUUGCAAAGAAGAUUCAAGACGAAGAUGAACACGAUGGCUACAUCGGUUACAUUCCAAUCUUGGUCAGAAUUGCUUGGCAUUCUUCCGGUACUUAUGAUAAGGAGUCCGGUACCGGUGGUUCUCACGGUGGUACCAUGAGACAUGCAAAAGAAUUGAAUGACCCUUCUAAUGCAGGUUUACAUACUGCUAAGGCAUUCUUAGACCCGAUUCAAACUCAAUUCCCAUGGAUCUCCCAUGGUGAUUUAUACACCUUGGCUGGUGUCGCUGCUAUUCAAGAAGCCCAAGGUCCAAAGAUUCCUUGGAGAAACGGAAGAGUCAACAAGGACGAAGAUGAAGGUCCAGAAAACGGUAGAUUACCGGACGCUAAUGGUGAUGCUACUUAUGUCAGAUCCUACUACGGCAGAUUGAAUUUCUUGAACGAUAGAGAUAUAGUUGCUCUAAUGGGUUGCCACUGUCUUGGUAGAACUCAUUUAGCCAACUCUGGUUUCGAUGGUCCAUGGGGCGCUGCCUCCAAUGUCUUUUCCAAUGAAUUCUUCGUCAAUUUAUUAACUGAAAAUUGGAAAUGGGAAAAGAAUGCUGCUGGUAACUACCAAUGGAAUUCUCCAAAGGGUUACAUGAUGUUACCAGCUGACCAUUCUUUAAUUGAAGAUGGUACAUUUAAGAAGAUUGUUGAAGAAUAUGCUGCUAACCAAGACGUUUUCUUCAAAGAUUUUAGUAACGUUUUCGCUAGAUUAUUGGAAAAUGGUAUUACUUUCCCAAAGGAUCAAAAACCAUUCAUCUUUAAGACCUUAGACGAACAAGAAUAA